AUGUGGCGACAGGAGCUCCGCUGGAUGCGCCACGUCGUGCGCGCACCGGACCACGAGCUGCGUCUCGAUCGCUGGCUCCGUCUGCAGAUCCCGUCGCUGCCGCAGAGUUUCCUACAGUAUCAGCUGCGCAAGCACAGGAUCCGUCUGCAGUCCGCCGCCGACACGCCGCCUGUCAAAGCGACUCAGCCACUUUGGUACUCACUGCGAACGGGUUCCGUCGUCGCUAUCAACGCGCGUCUCUUCCAGUCAAAGUUCCAGUCGACAACAAGAGAGACGGACACAGAUCCAGCGCCACGUGCGACUCGUGCGCGUCAGUGCCUUCUGCCACCGCAGUCUCGAGCUUCGCACUUUGCAAUCUGCCACGACGGACGUGACGCGUUUUACGCCGCGAUGAACCACUUCAACAGGUCGGCGCCAGACGCCGAAGAGCAGCACAAUAUGGCCACGUCCUCAUCUCUCCUCUUGUCGUCACCGAUCGCUUCGACGAGAGGCGACGACCGGAGCCAAGCGGCCGUCACUACGUUCGCGGCGGACGACGUCAGCAAGUUCACGGGUCAGCCGUUCAGCAGUAGUAGCAGUCGCAAUCUCAAGGCCGUCGUCGACAACGAGGCGUUCGCCAGGCCACAGUUCAGUGACGCAGACCUUGCGACCGUCUGUCUGCCCAUUGUGUGCAACCCCACGAGCUCCUCGAGCGCCACGCCGAGUCCAACGUGCGUGUCAGCGGUCUUUGCCCGGGACGACGCGGGACCGAGUGGUGAGCCGUCGUGGACACUGCAAGAGCUCCAGGACUACUUGGGUAUGCUCGAGCUGCUGCAAGGCGUGUGCAGCGACGCCGAAGACGCCGAAGGGGACAUGUGGCUCUCGGCCGACUGUCUCGGCCAAAUGGAGCGCCUGCUGACUUCGCUCUUGCCGCAAGGCGUGUGA